UGGACUCGAAGAAAAUCGAUCAAGAUGCAAAAAUCCCACCCGAAACCUUACAAGGACUGAAGGACCUGGGUCUCUUUGGCAUGCAGAUUCCAGAGGAAUAUGGUGGGCUGGGCCUGUCAAACACCAUGUAUGCACGUCUGGGAGAAAUCAGCUCCCUGGAUGGCUCCAUUGCAGUGACCCUGGCAGCUCACCAGGCCAUUGGGCUGAAGGGGAUCCUCAUUGCUGGCACCGAGGAGCAGAAGGCCAAGUACCUGCCCCGCCUGGCCUCGGGGGAGCACAUUGCUGCCUUCUGCCUCACCGAGCCCGGCAGUGGGAGUGAUGCUGCAUCCAUCCAGACAAGGGCAACCCUGAGUGAAGAUGGGAAACACUUCCUGUUAAAUGGCUCCAAGGUCUGGAUCUCCAAUGGUGGCCUGGCCAGUAUUUUCACAGUGUUUGCCAGGACAGAGAUUGUGGACAAGGACGGGCAGGUGAAGGAUAAAAUCACUGCUUUCAUCGUGGAGCGGGACUUCGGGGGCGUCACCCAUGGGAAACCCGAGGAUAAACUGGGCAUUCGAGGCUCCAACACCUGUGAAGUACAUUUUGAAAACACCAAAGUGCCUAUAGAGAAUGUAAUUGGAGAAGUUGGAGGGGGAUUUAAGGUUGCCAUGAAUAUCCUCAACAGUGGAAGAUUUAGCAUGGGCAGUGCAUCUGCUGGAAUGAUUAAGAAGUCGAUAGAACUGACAUCAGAGUAUGCUUGCACCAGGAAACAAUUCAAUAAGAAACUCAGCCAGUUUGGAUUAAUUCAGGAGAAGUUUUGUUUGAUGGCUGUGAAAGCCUACGUGAUGGAGAGCAUGGCUUACCUGACUGCAGGGAUGAUGGACAGGCCAGGCUUCCCUGACUGCUCCGUCGAGGCUGCCAUGGUCAAGGUGUUCAGCUCUGAAGGUGCCUGGGCAUGUGUGAGUGAGGCUCUGCAGAUCCUUGGAGGCCUUGGCUACAUGAAGGAUUAUCCUUAUGAACGCUACCUCAGAGACACCAGGAUCCUGCUCAUCUUUGAGGGCACCAAUGAAAUCCUGAGAAUGUACAUUGCACUGACAGGGAUGCAGCAUGCAGGGAAGAUCUUAACUGACAAAAUUAAAGCAAUCAAGAAAGGAAACGUGGGAGUGGCGCUGGGGGAGUUCCUGACCAGGUUACAGGACACCCUGGGCAGGAAGGUGGAUCUGGGGCUUGUAGGUGACAGUGGGGUGGUGCAUCCCAGCCUCCAGGAGAAUGCCAAGAAACUUGAAGAAAACGUUUAUUAUUUUGGAACUACAGUCAGGGGCCUGCUAAGUAGGUUUGGCAAGACAAUAGUGGAUGAGCAGCUGGUGCUGAAGAGAGUGGCAGAUGUGGUGAUUAAUUUGUAUGCAAUGACUGCAGCCAUCUCCCGGGCCAGCCGCUCCAUCAGCAUCGGGCUCAGGAACCAUGACCACGAGGUGCUUCUUACAAAUAUCUUCUGCACAGAAGCCUAUUUCAAGAAUAAUUAUGCCAUGGCUCAAUUAGAAAAAUAUGCUGAUGAAAACCUGGAUGAUUCCAUUAAAAAAGCUGCAAAGCAGAUCCUGGAGAAGAGGGCAUACAUCUGCUCUCACCCUCUGGACAGGACCUUCUGAUUCCUCCCUGAGAGCAGGCACUCAUGAAUGUCAGUCAGGGAGGAAUUUGCUGCAGUUCCAGUAUUUGGCAUCUUAAAAGCAUCUGUUAUUUAAUGUCUUUACUAAAUGUAACUGUGUAAAAUAAAACUUCUUUCUAACCAAAA